AUGUCGCAGAUUCAGUUUUGUUAUCGAAACCCUAGUGCAGUGGAAGCAGCAGAUGACUUUCUUACGCUUCCUCAUCUUGACGAGCCGAACAUCCUGCACUCCCUCCGCGUUCGCUAUUGGCAAGGCCAUGUUUAUUCAUACACUGGGCCCAUUUUGAUCGCUGUGAAUCCUUGGAGACAAGUGGACAUCUACAACAUUAAUGUCAUGGAAGCAUACAAGGCAGGUCGAACGAAAGCACCUCACAUUUUCGACAUUGCAGCCAAAUCAUAUCGGUAUUGUCUAUUCUCAUCCCUUGUUGGAGACAGGAAAAAUCAGUGUAUUCUCAUCUCUGGAGAGUCUGGUUCUGGCAAAACCGAAAGUACCAAGUUUGUGCUUCAAGUUUUGACAGCAGUUGGCGAAAACCGCACGGGUGCUUCUGCAUCCAUCGAACAACAGGUCAUGCUUACCAACCCAGUAUUGGAGGCUUUCGGAAAUGCCAAAACUUUGAGAAACGACAACUCCAGUCGUUUUGGCAAAUGGAUCAAUGUCCAUUUCGAUCGCAAAGGCACGAUUGCUGGAGCUGAGAUCAAAACAUAUUUGCUUGAAAAGGCUAGGGUUAUCCAUCAAACAGCGGGUGAGAGGAACUACCAUAUUUUUUACCAAGUUUGCGGUGCAUCUUCACAGCAAAAGAUGUUGAAGGAUCUCGGCCUUGCUGAGGCAACCAAUUUCAAUUAUUCCAAGACAUGUCUGACAGCUUCUGGUAUUGAUGACACCAAGAGCUUUGACAGGACGAAGCAAGCAUUGCACUUCAUUGGAUUUGAUGCAGCAAGUCAGCAAAAUAUUUUCGCAGCAGUUUCAGUGGUUCUUCAUGUUGGGAAUCUAAGGAUUUCUGAAAAUUCGGAUGGUAACGCUGUUAUGGAGACUGAUCGUCACUUGCAAGCUGUUUCGCAACUGCUGAGGGUUGAUCCCAACGCUGUGAAGAAAGCUAUUUGUGAAAGGAUGAUCACAGCUGGAACAGACGUUAUGAUGAAGCCAGAAACAGCUGAAAAAGCAAAUCAAUGCCGUGACGCUUUGGCUAAAGCCCUGUACUCGAAACUUUUCGACUACAUUGUAAAAUGCGUCAACACGGCCUUGAAAUUGAAGACCAAUACUGUUACGAUGCAAGUUUCCGUUUUGGAUAUUUUCGGAUUCGAGGUAUUUGAGAGCAAUCAUUUUGAACAGUUCUGCAUCAACUAUGCGAACGAAAAACUGCAGCUGCACUUCAACCACUACAACUUCAUGCUUGAGCGCCAGUUGUAUGCCAAGGAAGGCAUUGAGUUGGUGGAAUCGGAUUUUGUUGACAACAGUGGCUGUGUUGAUCUCAUUGAGGCGAAAGGCUGGGGUGUACAGGCUUGUCUUGAUGACGUCUGUAUCAUGCCCAAGGGAGAUGAUGCCACCUUCUUGCAGAAGCUCAUUCAGACCCCGCAAAUCAAAUCUAAUGGCCAUUUUGCUGACCCUAAGAAAAACAAUCGCAGUUUUAUUGUGAACCACUAUGCUGGUUCAGUAGCGUAUGAUAUUGAUGGUUUCUGUGAGAAAAAUAAGGACAUCCUUGCCGUUGACCUCGUUCAGAUGCUUCAGACUUCCUCGUCAAAGUUCUUUGAGCAGAUUUUCGACAACUCAGCUGCGGAGGCAGCAGCUGCUUCGAUGAAACCAGGACGAAAGGGAGGAGGCGGAGGUGGCAGUGUUGCGUACAAAUCUGUUUCUGCCACAUUCAAGACCGACCUAUCCUCGCUGAUGGAAGCGAUCAAUGCAGCUGAUCCUCACUUCGUCCGUUGUGUGAAUCCGAACGCUGAGAAGAAAGCGAGUUUGUUCAAUGACCAAAAGGCCAUCGAACAGCUGAGAUGUGGUGGUGUCAUUGAAGCUGUAAGAAUGGCGAGGGAAAGCUAUCCAGCUCGUUUUGUACAUCAUGACUUUGUUGGAACAUUCGCUGUGAUCUGUCCCGAAGCUUGCAAGAUGGGCGACAGCAAACAGCAGUGCUUGGCAAUGGUCCAGCACAUGAAGCUUGCACCCAAGCAAUACCGUUUGGGCAAGACUAUGAUCCUCUUGAAAAGAGAAGCCGUGGAUUUGAUGGAGAAAGAACGCGCACGACUUCUUGGUGGCAAGGCUGUUAUUCUUCAGAGUGCUGGCCGCAGGCUGUGCGUUUGCAGGAGAAAAAGAGACGCGAAGAAGAGGAGAAACGACGACGGGAAGAAGAAGCACGCAAAAGUGCAGCAGCUGAGCUUCAACAGCAAGUAUGAUCUUUCUUCUUGUCCUCGUCUUCAGUGA